CCCUUCCCCUAGUUUCUGCAUUCGGAUGAAUCUUCUUUAAUUUCCUUUAUUUUUUCAUUUUCUUUCAAUCUUUCCACAAAAGAGCAUCAAUUCCGGCGCCAACAACUUCCUGACCAGGCGUUGCCCAUAAGGCCAUAAGUACAGUUCACCAACAACCGUCAUCAGUCGGCCAUCACCCAAAACUUCACCGGCAGUCGUUGACAUCUUUCAUAGUUGCCGUUGUGCGCAGCCCAUAGCCCACGACUUUCCCAAUGGCCGUCACCCGCCUCCUGUUGCCCACCGUUCCGCGCGCAGCCCAUGGGCUACAAGUUCCCCAAUUAACUUCUGGUGCCGGCCACCCUUGUAAUGAAACAGAGGAAGGAUGGAAGAAAGAUAGGCAAAAAAAAAAGAAACGGAAAAGAAAUAAUUUUGGGCUAUGCAGGGAACAGAAGGAAAGCAAGAAUCUGAACGCAAGAAGAAAAACCGAAAGAAAAAAGAAAGAGGAUGAAAAGAAAACGUAUGUGAUAAAACCGAAAGGGGUCAGAGGAGAGAGUAUUUGGUUCUCAUAAAUGAUCACUCAGAAACUUUAUACUGGAUGGUUUCAAUUAGAUUGAGUUUCAAAUCUUUGUGUGACAUGAAAUUAAAGAUGAUACUCCAAAACUUAUGUGGGUUAGUCAUUUGAUAUUGUACAGAGUGAUCUGCAUCUAUUUACAACUCAACAAUUUCAGCCUUUACGGAUAUCUUUUUAUUUAAAAACGACCUUGGGGUUAUGUUGACAUGUUGGCAGGAUGAGCCCAAAUUCAAACAAGCCAUGAGAAUAAGAAAUCCCAAGAAUAGGCUAAAAAAGAUUUUGGAUGCAUGCAAAAACAAAAGCAAAUGUGAAGGAGGGGAUGAAAUUAAUCUGCAAGGCCGAGAUCCUGACGAACCUGUAAAGAAGACUAGGGGUGGUUGUGGGGCUCAACAGCCCAAGAUUAGUAUAGAUGGCAUGAAAAUGGUUUCGGAUUAUAAAGGUCAGAAGAAGAAGAAUGACGACCAGGAACAGAUGCCAGAGCCAGGACGUAAACAACUUACGGCAGAAAUGGUCCUUAGCAUUCUGAAGCGGAUAAGUGAUGAAGACUGUCAAUUGUUAGGACUAGACCCCAAGUAUGCUCGCCCAGACUGGAUGAUUCUUCAAGUACUUCCUGUACCCCCACCUCCAGUUAGGCCUUCUGUAAUGAUGGAUACAUCAUCCAGGAGUGAGGAUGAUUUGACUCAUCAACUAGCGAUGAUUAUACGGCACAAUGAAAAUUUAAAGAAGCAAGAACGUAAUGGGGCACCUGCACACAUCAUUUCCGAAUUUGCACAGUUAUUGCAGUUCCAUAUUGCUACUUAUUUCGACAAUGAACUUCCUGGUCAACCUAGGGCUACUCAAAGAUCAGGUAGACCUAUCAAAUCAAUAUGUAGCAGAUUAAAAGCUAAAGAAGGUCGAAUCAGAGGCAAUUUGAUGGGUAAGCGGGUGGAUUUCUCUGCUCGAACUGUGAUCACUCCAGAUCCAACUAUUAACAUCGAUCAAUUGGGAGUCCCAUGGAGUAUUGCUUUGAAUCUCACUUAUCCAGAAACUGUGACACCAUACAAUAUCGAAAGGUUGAAGGAACUCGUUGAGUAUGGGCCACAUCCUCCACCAGGUAAAACUGGGGCCAAGUAUAUAAUCAGGGAUGAUGGACAAAGGCUUGAUCUUCGCUACUUAAAGAAGAGCAGUGAUCAACACCUCGAGCUUGGAUAUAAGGUGGAGCGGCACUUGAAUGAUGGAGAUUUUGUCCUAUUCAACCGACAACCUAGUCUGCAUAAGAUGUCUAUAAUGGGACAUAGGAUAAAAAUCAUGCCAUACUCCACUUUCCGUUUGAAUUUGUCUGUCACCUCACCCUACAAUGCUGAUUUUGAUGGUGACGAGAUGAACAUGCAUGUUCCACAGUCAUUUGAAACUAGAGCUGAAGUACUUGAACUCAUGAUGGUCCCCAAGUGCAUUGUCUCACCUCAGGCAAAUCGACCUGUAAUGGGAAUUGUCCAGGAUACCCUUCUAGGGUGCCGCAAAAUCACCAAAAGAGACACUUUCAUUGAGAAGGAUGUUUUUAUGAAUAUAUUGAUGUGGUGGGGAGAUUUUGAUGGAAAGGUCCCUGCUCCAGCGAUCUUGAAACCCAGGCCAAUUUGGACAGGGAAACAAGUUUUCAAUCUCAUCAUACCGAAGGCCAUAAACCUCAUUAGAUAUUCAUCCUGGCAUUUAGAUACAGAAAAAGGGUUUAUUACUCCAAGAGAUACUCAAGUUAGAAUUGAAAAGGGGGAGUUGCUUACGGGAACUCUUUGUAAGAAGAGUCUUGGGACAUCCACUGGAAGUCUAAUACAUGUUAUAUGGGAAGAAGUGGGGCCUGAUGCAGCACGUAAAUUUCUUGGAUAUACUCAGUGGCUUGUUAACUACUGGCUAUUGCAAACUGGCUUUAGUAUUGGAAUUGGGGAUACAAUCGCUGAUGCUAUGACUAUGAAAAAUAUCUGUAACACUAUUUCUGAUGCAAAGAACAAAGUUAAAAAGCUUAUAAUAGAUGCUCGAGAGAAGUUGUUAGAGGCUGAACCUGGGAGAACAGUUCAAGAGUCAUUUGAGAAUAAAGUAAAUCAGGUUUUGAACAAGGCUCGUGAUGAUGCUGGAACGUUUGCUGAAAAGAGUCUAGCUGAGAGCAAUAAUCUCAAAGCUAUGGUAACUGCUGGAUCAAAGGGGAGUUUUAUAAACAUUUCUCAAAUGACUGCCUGCGUGGGGCAGCAGAAUGUUGAAGGUAAGCGAAUCCCCUUAGGCUUCAUUCAAAGGACUCUCCCUCAUUUCAGCAAAGACGACAAUGGUCCAGAAAGUCGUGGCUUCGUUGAAAAUUCUUACUUGCAAGGUUUGACCCCACAGGAGUUCUUUUUCCAUGCUAUGGGUGGUAGAGAAGGUCUGAUUGACACUGCAGUGAAAACAUCUGAAACUGGUUACAUCCAAAGGCGAUUGGUGAAAGCCAUGGAAGAUAUCAUGGUCAAAUAUGAUGGUACAGUCAGGAACUCAUUAGGUGAUGUUAUCCAGUUCCUCUAUGGGGAAGAUGGUAUGGAUUCUGUUUGGAUAGAAACACAAAGGUUAGAGUCCCUGAAGGUUGAUAAAUUGAAGUUUGAUGACAUGUACAAAUACGAGAUUGAUGAUCCAAACUGGAAUCCAAAUUACAUGAUCCCAGAUGCUAUUGAUGACUUGAGGUUAAUACGUGAGAUCCGAAGUGUCUUUGAUGCAGAGGUUCAGAAGCUUGAAUCCGAUAGGCUCCAGCUGGGAACAGAGAUUAUUGUCACUGGUGAUAACUCCUGGCCCCUACCUGUUAAUAUUCAGAGACUGGUCUUAAAUGCUCAAAAGACUUUCCGGAUUGACUUCCGAAGACCAUCCGAUAUGCACCCUAUGGAGAUUGUGGAAGCCGUCGACAAACUACAAGAAAGGCUUAAGGUUGUUCAUGGUGAUGACUAUCUCAGCAUAGAAGCUCAAAAAAAUGCAACCCUCUUCUUCAACAUUUUGCUUCGUAGUGUCUUGGCAAGUAAAAGGGUCCUGAAGGAGUACAGACUCACGAGAGAAGCUUUUGAUUGGGUAAUAGGGGAGAUAGAGUCUCGCUUUUUACAGUCACUUGUUGCACCUGGUGAAAUGAUUGGCUGUGUUGCUGCACAGUCAAUAGGUGAACCAGCUACUCAAAUGACUCUUAACACCUUUCAUUAUGCUGGUGUGAGUGCAAAGAAUGUCACUCUAGGUGUACCAAGGCUGAGGGAGAUCAUUAAUGUGGCAAAGAAAAUAAAAACCCCGUCUCUUUCUGUGUUCUUAAAGCCUGAAGUGGGUAAAACGAAGGAGAGAGCUAAAGCGGUACAGUGUGCUUUGGAAUAUACCACCCUGAGGAGUGUGACCAAAGCCACAGAAGUGUGGUAUGAUCCAGACCCUAUGAGCACCAUCAUCGAAGAGGAUGUCGAGUUUGUUAAGUCGUAUUAUGAGAUGCCAGAUGAAGAGAUUAACCCUGACAAGAUAUCUCCAUGGUUGCUUCGAAUUGAGUUGAAUCGUGAAAUGAUGGUGGACAAGAAACUCAGCAUGGCUGACAUUGCAGAGAGGAUCAACCUUGAAUUUGACGAUGAUGUUACCUGCAUUUUCAAUGACGAUAACACUGAAAAGUUGAUUCUCCGGAUUCGCAUCAUGAAUGAUGAAGCUUCGAAGGGUGAAUUGGAUGAUGAAUCCGCUGAGGAUGAUGUUUUUUUAAAAAAGAUAGAGAGCAACAUGUUGACUGAGAUGGCUCUUCGUGGCAUUCCUGACAUUAACAAAGUCUUCAUCAAGAGCACCAAAGUACAAAAAUUUGAUGUGAAGGAAGGCUUUAAAGCUGAGGAAGAAUGGAUGUUGGACACUGAGGGAGUCAACCUCCUAGCAGUCAUGUGUCAUGAAGAUGUUGAUGCCAAAAGAACAACAAGCAACCACUUGAUUGAAGUCAUUGAGAUUCUUGGGAUUGAGGCAGUUCGAAAGGCAUUACUUGAUGAAUUGCGUGCUGUCAUAUCUUUCGAUGGUUCUUAUGUGAAUUACAGACACUUGGCCAUUUUGUGUGACACUAUGACAUAUCGUGGCCAUUUGAUGGCCAUCACCCGGCAUGGAAUAAACAGGAAUGACACAGGACCGAUGAUGAGGUGUUCAUUUGAAGAGACUGUGGACAUUCUUCUCGAUGCUGCUGUGUUUGCUGAGUCGGAUCACUUGAGGGGCGUUACUGAAAAUAUUAUGUUGGGUCAGCUUGCACCAAUUGGGACAGGCGACUGUGCUUUGUAUCUGAAUGAGGAGAUGUUGAAACAUGCUAUUGAGAUCCCGUUGCCUAGUUACAUGGACGGUGGGCUUGAAUUUGGAAUGACACCUGGACGGUCCCCGAUCAGUGGCGCCCCAUAUGAUGGUCUCAUGUCUCCUAUGCUUAUGAGUCCUAAUUUCAGAAUGUCACCAUCCACUGGUGCUCAGUUUUCUCCUUUACUCAGUGGAAUGGCUUUUUCACCCUCUUCUAAGUACAGUCCGUAUUCACCUAUGUACAUGGAAUCUGGAUACAGUCCAUCCUCACCCAAUUAUAGCCCUGACUCCUCCGGUUAUAGCCCUACCUCUCCCACAUAUUCUCCCACCAGUCCAUUCUACUCACCAACUUCACCGCGCUACAGUUCCACCUCGCUGAGCUACAGUCCUACAUCACCUCGUUACAGCCCUACCUCGCUGAGCUACAGCCCCACAUCACCUCGUUACAGCCCUACCUCGCUGAGCUACAGCCCCACCUCACUGAGCUACAGCCCUACAUCACCUCGUUACAGCCCUACAUCACCUCGUUACAGCCCUACCUCACUUAGUUACAGCCCUACAUCUCACACAUACAGCGCGACUUCUCCAUCAUACAGCCCGACAUCACCUUGGUAUAGUCCGACUUCUCCAUCUUAUAGUCCGACUUCUCCAUUUUAUAGUCCAACAUCACCAUGCUAUAGUCCUACUUCACCAGCAUACAACCCUACCUCUCGUGAGUAUAGUCCUACAUCACCAAGCUAUAGUCCCACCUCACAGAGCUACAAUCCUUCAGCAAGCUACAGCCCAUCACUUGCAUACUCACCCACCAGUCCCAAGCUGUCUCCUAGUCCAUACAGCCCAUCUUCCCCUAGUUACAGUCCUAUAUCACCAUCGUACUCACCAACAUCUCCUUCUUAUUCACCUUCCAGCCCAACCUAUAGUCCAACCAGCCCAUACAACUCGGGCACAAGUCCGGAUUACAGCCCUAGUUCUCCUCCAUACAGUCCAAGUGCAGGUUAUUCUCCCAGUGCACCUAGGUAUUCCCCGUCUUCUACAAGCCAAUAUACACCCCAAAUGAGUGAUAGGGAUGACAAGAGCGUUAAAGAUGACAAAAGCAUACUCUAGAGACUAGAGUUAGUUGAUAUCGAUGCAAGUUCCAAUCUUUUGUAUUUUUGUACGUGCAGUAGUUUCUGACUUCCAUCCAUGUUAAUACAGGGGUAAGGCUACAUUCGACCCCUCUUACCCCACAGUAGGUGGGGGCCUCUGCGGCACUGGGGUGAUGAUGAUGAUUAUAAUACCUUAAUGACGUAUACCAUGAAGUAAAUGCAGGACGAUUUUGAGGAUCAUUUUAAUUUGAUCUUUUUAACGAUGGUUGACACGUUAUUCGGGCUCUUAUUGCUUCUUAUAUGCCCAUCAGCUGCUUGUUGCGCGCGGGGACAACCCCUGGUGGGAAAAUCAUGUUUAGAAACCAAUACAGCUGUGGUGAGUAAGGAUUUGCGGGAAGCUUUUCUGAAGGCGGUGUUUGUUAUAUAUCAAAUUGGUCCAUGAGUGAAAGUGUGAAACUGUUAAAGCACUGAAUAUUCGAGUUCAUCUGAUUUGUUAAUACUCUGUGUAUAACAUAAUAUCCAGCUAUAUACUCCAUUUUUAGAAAUGUUUCUCAUUCCCAAAAAAUAGCUACACGUCACGUAGGCCCUGUCCUGGACUGGCCUACAUAUUUUCUGAAUCUGGGUCACCAUCCUUUAAAAGUUCUUCCCAGUGAUUCUAAUGCAAAAAAGGGGUCUGAAUCGUGUCAAGAUCGG